AUGAGUAGAUAUAACGAAAUCGACGAAAGAGAAUAUGGGAGAGGAAGAAGACAGCACUACGACGAAGAGGAAGAGGAAGAUCGACAUCAACGAGAGAGAUCAUUUCAUUCUCAAUCUCUGUAUCGAUCUGCAACAUCCGAAAGGCAAACGGGACCACCUUAUCCUGCCUCAAUCCGAGAUCAGGCACACCCACCUUCUCAAGCUGGGUCUCGAUAUGAGGACCGAGAUUGCCCUCCACAAACUUUAGUCCCUGUACGAUCUCGUCAACCAGCUGGGUAUGACAUGCCUCCCAGAGCUAGUAUCCCUGCCCCUGAUCGCGAGGAUAAUCAGUGUCGUAGAGCACCUCCUUCAAUUACUUCUGACAAUAAAAGCAAAGCUCCUACUGCUGUUCGGUCUCAAACUGGAGCUACUGACGUUACCGAGACUCUCGAGAAGCUUGCCCUUACCAGCUUUAUCGUUCGCCCUGGUUUUGGUCAGAAAGGAAGACAUCUAAGUGUUUUGUCUAAUUUCUUCCAAGUUCGCGCCAUUGACGGAAGAGGUAAAAUUAUAUACCACUACGAUGUUGACAUCGAGCCUGUCAAGAAGAGGGGUGAAGAUGCUAAAAAGCCUAAAGGUCUGCUUCGAGCUGUCUGGGAACAGUUUUGUCUUGAGCAAAAGGGCGAUUACAUCGAAGGUCUGGCUGCGAGCGCCUACGAUGGUAGGAGGAAUGUGUUUACGCCUAACAAGAUGCCUAUACCUCAAGGUACAUCUCAAACCUUUAGCGUGGCUCUCGCCCCCGACGGUAUCGUCCACCGAUCUCGAGAGGGAUCAUCUUCGGACGAUGAAAAUCGUCGCUGGAACAUCGUGAUCAAGAUUGUGGCUGAGGUCGAUCUGAAGUAUGUCAUGGAUUUCUGUCAGGCAGAUAGGAAAGCACCUUCCGGUGAAGAAGAAUGUUUGACAGGUCUUAUGGCUACGAAUGUUCUUAUGCGCGAUCUUCCUAGCAGGAAGUACGCUCAAGUUGGUGCCACAGGGAAUAAGUUCUUUAGUAUGGCUGGGGCAAAGGCCAUUCCUCAAGGUGCACUUGUUUGCAAGGGCUUCAUGCAAUCCUUCCGCUAUUCUAACUCGGGACUUCCUAUGCUCAACCUGGAUCUGGGAUUCUCUGCCUUCCUGGCUGACGGACCUGCCCUUGAGGUCAUUGCCAAAAUCCUGGAUAAGAGUAAUACACGGGGCCGAGGUGGUGGAGGGGGAUUUGGUGGACCGGCUCGACAAGCUGGUGAUAUCAGUCAUCUCGAUCCAAUCGAAACUCAAACAAUUAAGAAGAUCCUCCGUGGUGCCAAGUUCACGGUUACUCAUCGGGAAAGCUCAAGGUUACAUACCGUCCUCUCAGUGACUGUUCAGCCUGCCGAGGAAAUCAGCUUCGGACUACAAGGGCGGGAUGGUGGAGAAGACAAAAGAGUUUCGAUAAUGGAAUACUACGAACAGUACCAUCAAGUACGAGUAACAAAACCUAGAUUACCCUGCAUACAGUACGGCAAGAAGGCUUUCAUCCCGCUCGAAUUUGUCAAAUUUGCUCAGUGGAACUCGUUGCCUCCUACCAAAUUGAAUGCGGAUCAAACAGCAGAAAUGAUCAAAGUCAGCGCCAUCAAACCUAAAGAAAGAGCAUUGCAAGUGAGCAAUUGGCGAAAGGAACUGGCUUAUGAGAAACAACCCAAGAUUGCGGCUUGGGGCCUUCAAGUCAAAAGAGAUAUGGUUCAGCUUCAAGCUCGUAUUCUACCUCCUCCUCGUGUAAUCUACAAGAAUAAUCUUGCCGCUAGACCGGAUGAUGGCGGCUGGAAUCUUCGAGGCAAACAAUUUCACUCAAACGGAAAGAAACCUUUGAAGGCUUGGUCAGUGAUCUCCUUCGACAAAUAUAUCGAUCAGGACGAAAUGCACCGAUACAUCACAUACCUUUGUAGUGUUCUAAGAGCGCAUGGCGUGGAAGUUGAGAAUUCUAGACCAAUGUGCAUCGGUCCGAUAGACCCUCGUGGAGACAGCGCUAUUCCUCAUGCCCUGCAAGAAGCUGCUAGGGCUGCGUAUAGGUCUGGGAAAUGCGCUCCUCAACUGAUCUGCUGCAUUUUGCCGGGACGAGAUGCAUGGCUCUAUGAGCUCAUCAAGAAGAGCUCUUUCACGGAUCUGAAAGGACCUGUCCCUACUCAGUGCAUGCAAGCUGCAAAGAUCAGAAGUCCCAGAGGAAUCGAUGCUUACACAGGCAAUUUGGUAAUGAAGAUCCAGAACAAAUUGGGAGGGUUACCUCAUCGUAUUCCACUCGAAGAUCUUCCUGGUAUGGUCAAAAGUAAGACUAUGCUUCUAGGCGGAGACUUGGGAUUGCCACCUAUCAAAGCUGGAAAUGAGUCUGCCCCUACUGUGGCCUGUACCAUUGCUACCUACAAUGCCGAUUGCGACAAGUACUCUGCUCAGAUCCGACUUCAGGAAGGACGGUCUGAGAUUAUCGUUGAACUUUCUUCGAUGAUCGAAGAGCAUCUCAAAAUCUUUCACAAGCACAACGACGAGUACCCUGAACGAAUCCUUAUCUUCCGAGAUGGUAUCUCUGAAGGACAGUACGCUGCUGUUUUGCACUACGAGCAUACUGCAGUCCUUCAAGCCUGUAGAAGACUUCGAAAGGAUUAUCGACCACUGUUGUUGGUAUGCAUCUGCGCCAAAAGACACAAUACCCGAUUUUUCGGUCGAGACGGGGAUGUCGACAGAUCUGGUAAUCUCCCAAGUGGUUUAGUGGUGGAUCGAAGUGUCACUCACCCCUAUGCUUUCGAUUUCUUCCUUCAAGCUCAUGCCGGUAGGGUGGGUACUGCAAGACCAACCCAUUACAUCUGCUUACUCGACGAAUUGGCUAUCACUCCCGAUCAACUCCAACAAUUAGUUCACUCCUUGUGUCAUUCUUUCACCAGAUGCACGAGGAGUGUGAGUCUCGUUCCGGUCUGUUAUAUUGCAGAUCUCGUUUGCCAAAAGGCUCGAAUAAUCGUCCAUGAACCCGAUGUCUCUGUCGCUCCAUCUGUCUCUUCUGCAGGCAGGAGUGUCACCCGAACUUCGAAACGAGGAGCAUUCAGCUUCGACAUUAUGCAAGUCCAGAAGGUGUUAGAGAAGAAUGACGAGUUGGCUGAGGUGGCCUGGUGGAUGUGA